GCGCUCCAGGAGCAAGUCGAUAGGCGGCGCAAGAUGCCGCGCUCGCAGCCCUCGCCGGGCGGCGCAUUCCCGCCCGAGCCGCCCCUCUCGCCGAGCGUCUCGCCCGCCAGCGCGGACCGCGGCCGGAAGAAGAGCGGCUCCGGCCACCGGCGCCGCGGCUCGUGGUCGCUCGAGCGGCCGCGCGCGCACUCCUUCGACGAGGCCGAAGGGCGAGCGUUAGGUGAGGACAGCGACUCGGACCUGAACACGCUGCCGACGCCCGCGCGCAAGCAAAGAAGGUCCACGGGCCGCGUGCGGCGCUUCCUGCGCCACGAGGCCAACGUCGUCAAGGGCGGCUACAAGGCCACGAAGCGCAACGUCGGCCGCUUCGGCCGCUUCCUCACGAAGCCCAUGCGCCCGGGCCGCGGCCGGGACGAGGGCGACAAGGCCGCGCGGGAGAUCCCGGCGACGCCGCGAGCGCCCUGCCCGGCGGACCUCGCCGGGCCGGCGCUGCGGGCGGCGAUGCGCGCCGUCUGCGCGGCGGCCCUGGUGGUUGCCGCCGCGGCCGCCGCCGUCGCGACGGCGCCGGCGCCGCGCGCCGCGGACGCAAUCAUCAUGCUGGCCGCGCUCGUGUCGCUAUUCGCGGCCUGCGACGCGUCGAUGAAAGCGGCGGACCGCCUCGAGACGACGUACAAGGCCCAUCAAGAGGAGGACGACGAGGACGACGUGAUCAAGGAGGCGCCCCUGACGUUGGUGAAAGAAGGGACGUCCGACGAGUCUGGUACGUGGGCGCCGGGCCGCGGCGCGGACUUCGCCGUGCGCUCGUCCACCUACUUAGAGAACGGCGUGAAGAAGCCAUCAUGUGAACCGCUCUACACCGUGGGCGUCGCGGGCUUCGCUAUGUCUGCGGGGGCCGUGAAUGACGGGAGCCGGGCCUACCCCGAGGUCCUCGAGAAGUUGCGGGGCGAGGACGCUGACAGAGACGUCUUUACGGAUGCGAGUUCCCCUUUACCAAAGUACGUCAUGAUCACGAUGAACUCGCCCCUCGAGGCGCCCUCCUUAAGAAAGAAGGCCAAGGGCGAGAAGACGGCCGUGUUUGUGUUUGCGCUGCGGCGCAACGACGCGGCGAUAGCCAAGGCGCCCAAAGCGGCCGUGGCUCUGGCGACGAAGUGGCUCUCGGACGCGCCGAACGACCCAGGAUUGUCUGGAAGGUUAAAGGGCAUCUUCCACGCGUCGGGCGACGGCGUGCCGAACCUCGCCAAGAAGUGGAACGGCAAGCCCGUGCUCCUUGCCGCGUCCGCGGCGGUGCGGUAAUCAACCAAUCUCGGCGGCGACGCGGCCACACUGGCACCGUCACGCCAUCGAGCAGGCGUCGCGUCGAUGGCGUCGAGGCCGACGCACAAAGGCGCAGUGAAACUCGUUUCUGCACAGGUCGGCGGGCUUCGGCGGCCGCGAGCGGCCGGGCAUCAGCCGCUUUAUUAGGGGAGCGGACUGCCUCGAGGUGAACGUCGACGUGAGCGAGAGUUUCACCUACAUCGCGCGCGGCGCCAUCUACUUAGUCACCGACAAGCUGCGUGACAUCCGCAUUAAAUUUGGGUUCGUCGUCGAGGGCCGCGAGCGCGACGAGCUGUGCAGAAAUCAAAAUUUGCGCCGCCUGCUCGAUGGCGUGGCGGUGUGGGUCUUAGACCCCUCGAUUCAGUCAUCACGGCCGCGUUGUCGCGCACCCGACUCACUGGUUGAUUUCCACACAGGCGACGAGCUGCCCGAGGCGCUCAUCACGGCGGUGGACGUGCACCAGUUCGACUGGCGCGCGUGCGUCGACGGGCUCGUGCAGGCGGAUACGCCGUCGGACGACGACGAGGCGUAG